AUGGCCCACUAUGCAGCAGGCCUUCAGACCCCAUCUGAGGAUGAAUGUCCCAUCUGUAGGAGCACCCCAACAGACCCACAUCACCCUGCUGCCUGUUCUCAUGUGUUCUGCCGCCCAUGUCUGACCUAUUCUCUAAUGUGGUUACCCCACUGCCCUGUGUGCAGAGCUGAGGCGCAGGUUGAUGACAUCAGGCCUGUCAGAGUCAAGACGGGGACCAUGGUCGUCAGGUUGGGUCAACCUCUACCUGGCUUGUCGGGGCUUUCCACCCCAGCAACAAGAUCUGUGGCAGGUGACGUCCAGAGUUCUGUGGUGAGGAUGACAUUUGUCUGUCCGUUCUGCCAGGAGAGUUGCCUGGAUGCGAGGGAUCUGUGGAUUCACUGCAAUGGCAAGCAUUACUAUGACAACAGGCCCGUGGUGUGCCCGGUGUGCGUCUCUCUGCCUCAUGGUAAUCCACACCAAAUUAGCAGGAACUUCAUCAUGCAUCUGAACCUGAGACACUGCUACUAUGCCGAGAAAUACACGAAUACCCAUCAAACCGACAUGUUGAACUUGCAAGAUGGCAUUAUUGAGUCUCUCCAGGAUACCAACCUGAAUCCCAGAUGAUCUUUAUCGAUAUCAGCCACAACAUCAGUAAUCUAGUAAUUUAGCAAUAACACACUCAUCAUAAUUUGUAUAUUUUCAUGCUAAAGCUGCUCACAGAAUCGUUUGUAAAAAUGGCAAUGUUGUCGAACGUUGAUUGUUGCAGCUGUUCUUUUCUUUCUUUUGAAUGUAUAAAAUCAUGCCCUGUUUACUGCAUCUAUCGAAUGUAUCAACUUUAAUGGACAUUUUCAAUAUC